AUGACAGUGAAUAACUUUAGCCUGGAGCAGAUAGCCCAGCACAAUACCCUAGAGGAUGCGUGGGUCAUCAUCCACGGGAAGGUCUACGAUGUCACGACCUAUCUUGAUGACCAUCCUGGGGGUCGGAAUGUUCUGACUGAGGUCGCUGGGACAGAUGCAACGGAUGACUUUGAUUACGUGGAUCAUUCGGAUGACGCCCUACGGAAAAUGGAAACCUUUCAAGUCGGAAUCCUCUCAGGCUGGACGAAGGUCUCGGCGGUAGACACCGAAACCCACCUUUGCCGAAUCGCUGCCGGUCAGCGCGAAACCAACAGCGUCGAAGCCAACACGACGCGGUCCCAUAUUCACCUGGGCACUGGUAUCCGUGUGUGGCUUGAUACUACUAGGAUAUGA